AUGCCGCGAGCACCUCGACGAGCAGCGCAUCCGACGCUCGACGCAGCGACAACCACCCCGACGCGGCCAACAGGCACGAAUGCAAUCACAGCGGCCAUCCCGCCUUUUAUGCUCGAAACGCCUCCUCAUGCUCCGUUCGUGACCACGCCGCUGCCUCCCUCCAACAACCCAGGCAACUCGAUUGUGCCUGAUGGCACUGCUCCACGGCGGCAACAGGGUCGUAACCAGCAGACACCAACCGCAACCGGAACUGCCCAAAACGAAGUGUCCGAGACCUCGCAGCUGUCCCAAAACGCGGUGGGUUCAGCUGCGUCGGAGGGUGGCCCUACGGACGAGCAGUCAUAUCUUGAAUCGAUUCAUCACGAUGCCGAAGAUGCCCGACAACUUAAGGGGCUGAGGGACAUCUCUUCGUUGGCUACAUGGACAUUAUCCUCCGCAAAGCCGGGCUGUGCUCUGGCUCAGCUUCGGAACCCGAGUUCAGCCUUGUUCUGGCAGAGCGAUGGACCUCAGCCCCACACCCUUACGCUGCAUUUCUUCAAGCUGGUUGCGAUUGUCAAGAUGAGGAUCUACUUGGAUUUCGAGCUGGAUGAAUCAUAUACGCCCACGAAGAUUAAGUUCUUUGCCGGAAUGUCGGAGGGCAGCCUGGUGGAGUUUGGUUCAUGGGAAGUCACGGAGACCACUGACCCCGAGACUGGCGAAACGCAUAGUAGUAUCGAGGGGGUCAAGGGUUGGAUUGAUGUACCGUUGAAAGGAGUCGGAGGCAGGGACACGGCUUAUUACGAAGAUGAACCGAUGCUGGACCGCGAGGUCGAGUCUACGCUCUAUCCGUUUCAAGUCGAUCCACGCGAACCUUUCGGGGGAGACGUGCUCAAAGCCAUGGUGGUGCAAGUCCGCAUAUGCGAGAAUCAUCAAAAUGGCAAAGACACCCAUGUUCGUGGCUUCCAAGUCUUUGCACGGGAUCAUACAAAUGCGGGAGGGGUGAGAAGUAGCAGCAAGCCAGAGAAGCCGGGCAAAAAGGCGGUCGACAGGGAACAAGAUGCGGACAAGGUCGUCGGUCUUCGGCUGGCAGAUUGGAUGGGCGAGGCCGUCUUAAGAUAG